UUGUUUUAGUUUAACGUAUUUACAAAUCGUGUUCUUACAGAAUGUCUGCUGUCAGUUUUUUUAGAGAGACGAGCGCAGGGCGGCGCGCCGGAGCACAAUGACUGACUGACGACUGUACAGUAUUUAACACGGUCUGAAUCAAGUCUGCUGCUCCUGCUAUUUACAGCAAAAACCUAGCACCUUUGCGCUCAGGAUACUUUUCCACAGUCCCACGAGUGAAUAUUUGAUCUUUUUUUCGGCGAGGAAACAUCACUUAAGUGUAAAAUUUUGUGGACGCGCACAGAUGGCAGGAGCGCAGCCCGGAGUUCACGCGCUCAAGCUCAAACCCGCUUCUGUGCCUGAGAGCCUGAAAUCAGGCAACAAAUUCAUGAAAUGGGAUGAUGACAAUUCCACGGUAACCCCUGUGACACUGCGUGUGGACCCUCAGGGCUUUUUCCUGUACUGGACGGACCAGAACAAGGAAACAGACUUAUUGGAUAUUUUUUUAAUCAAAGAUACAAGAAAUGGAAGACAUGCCAAGACACCAAAGGAAGUGAAGCUACGAGAACUUUUGGAUGUGGGAAACCUGGACGGAGACUUGGAAAACAAAAUGCUGACAGUGGUCAGUGGAACUGACAUGGUUAACAUCACCUACUUCAACUUUAUGGCCUUUAGUGAAGAGGUAGCAAAGGAGUGGACUGAGGAGCUUUUUAGCUUGGCUUCAAACCUGCUCGCUCAGAACAUGUCCAGAGAAUCAUGUCUGGAGAAAGUUUAUAUCAGAUUGAUGUUGCAGCUAACUCCCGAAGGUGGCAUUCCUGUAAAGAAUAUUUUCCGGACAUUCUGUGCAGACAGGAAGCGAGUUGAAAGCGCUCUGGAAAUCUGCGGCCUGCCAACGGGAAGAAAUGACUCGAUUUCUCGAGACACAUUUACACCUGACAUAUAUCGACGUCUUCUCAACAGCAUAUGUCCGCGAAACGAUAUUGACACAAUCUUCUCAGAAAUCGGUGCCAAAAGCCGGCCAUACCUCACUGUUGAGCAGAUGAGAGAUUUCAUCAACAACAAACAGAGAGACCCUCGACUUAAUGAGAUCCUGUACCCGCCCCUCAAAGCCGAGCAAGUGCAGGGAUUGGUGGAGAAAUAUGAGCCUGACAGCAUGCUUUUGCAAAGAGGGCAGAUUUCUGUUGAGGGCUUUGCCAGAUAUCUGAGCGGAGAGGAGAACAGCAUUAUACCUCCAGAGAAACUGGACCAGAGUGAGGACAUGACACUCCCGCUCUCGCAUUACUUUAUCAACUCCUCACACAACACCUACCUCACAGCGGGUCAGUUGGCAGGAAACUCAUCUGUGGAGAUGUACCGUCAGGUCCUGCUGUCUGGCUGUCGGUGUAUAGAGCUUGACUGUUGGAAGGGGCGGACGGCCGAUGAAGAACCUGUUAUCACACACGGAUUUACCAUGACAUCUGAGAUCUCCUUCAAGGACGUGAUAGAAGCCAUCGGGGAGAGCGCCUUCAAGACCUCCCAGUUUCCCAUUAUUCUGUCUUUUGAGAACCAUGUGGACUCUCUCAAGCAGCAGGCAAAGAUGGCCGAGUAUUGCAGAUCAAUAUUUGGUGAUGCUCUGCUCACAGAAGCGCUAGAGAAGUAUCCUCUGGAGGCCGGCGUUCCUCUACCCAGCCCUGCUGAACUAAUAGGCAAAAUUCUCAUCAAGAACAAAAAGAAUUCACAUAAAGGUGACGGAAGCUCAAAGAAAAAGCUGUCCGAGGAGACGUCCAACACGUACAGCGAUACGUCCAGCGUGUGUGGGCCUUCAUCCCCCCGUGCAGGGUCAACACUUCAGGAUCCACCUGACAGCGUUCCUGCAGAUGGGAACCAGACAGGAGAAGGAAAAUGCCAGGGAAUUGAGUCCAUGGAUAAAACCUCAGGAGUUUGGUUGGCUGAUGAGAAAGGUGAACCGGACGCAGAGAGUGACGACAACGAUGAAAGUAAAAAGUCUAUCGACGAGGGAACGGCUGUAAAUGAAGUAUUUCCCACAGAGGAGAUGUCCAACUUAGUCAACUAUGUUCAGCCUGUCAAAUUCAACUCCUUUGAGGCAAGCAAAAAAAUUGAUCGAAGUUAUGAAAUGUCAUCGUUUGUUGAGACCAAAGCUCUGGAUCUGCUCAAGGAAUCACCUGUGGAGUUUGUUGAAUACAAUAAACUACAGCUGAGCAGAAUUUAUCCUAAAGGAACCCGAGUGGACUCCUCUAAUUACAUGCCUCAGGUCUUCUGGAACGCCGGAUGUCAGCUGGUUGCUUUGAACUUCCAGACCAUGGAUCUUCCCAUGCAGUUGAAUCUUGGAAUAUUUGAGUACAAUGGAAAAUGUGGCUAUCGAAUAAAGCCUGAGUUUAUGCGAAGAACGGACAAAAGCUUCGACCCUUUCACACAGGGUACAGUGGAUGGGAUCGUAGCUCACACACUGUCUGUAAAGAUUAUAUCCGGUCAGUUCCUUUCUGAUAAAAGAGUUGGUGUUUAUGCAGAGGUGGAGAUGUUUGGCCUGCCAGUGGACACCAAACGGAAAGCGUUUAAGACUAAGACGUCACAGAGCAAUGCGGUUAAUCCAGUUUGGGAUGAAGAUCCAAUAGUCUUCAAAAAAGUCGUGCUUCCAACGUUGGCUUUAUUAAGAAUAGCUGUGUAUGAAGAAAAUGGAAAAUUUAUUGGUCAUCGCAUAAUUCCAGUCUGCGCCAUCCGACCUGGAUAUCACUAUGUCAGCCUGAAGAACGAGAGGAACCAAAGUCUCACAUUGGCUUCUGUCUUCAUCUAUACUGAAGUCAAAGAUUAUGUCCCAGACACCUUUGCAGAUGUAAUCGAGGCCCUAUCCAAUCCCAUCCUGUACGUCAGUCUGAUGGAACAGAGAGCCAAUCAGCUGGCAGCUCUCACACAAGAAGAGGGGGCACAGGAAGUGGACGGAGAAGAGGUCAGUCUGUGCCAAGAUCAUACUAAAGCAAACGAGAGACUCUCAGAGAUCAUGAGUGAAUCUAACCCAGCAGCUGAAAAUGGGCUAAACAACCACAACAUCUCACCCAAAUCAUCUGUGGCCAGUCAGCAAAGUCCAUCAGCAGAUGGGGUUAAACCUGCUGUGAAGUCUGAGGAUAUUGUUCAAAGUGUUUUAACAGAAGUGGAAGCUUUGACCCUUGAGCAGUUGAAACAGCAGAAGUGUUACAUCAGAGAGCAGAAGAAACUUUAUAAAGACCUAAAGGAUCUGAUGAAGAAACACAGCAGGAAAACUAAAGAUAUGAUCAAAGAUCACGAGAGCAGACAGAAGCAGCUGCAGAGAGAAUUCCUGCGACGGCGGUCCGCAUCUCAGAAAGCUGCUAGACGAGACGGGAAAAACAGGUCUGGUUCAUCUUCUCUGGACCAGCAGUUAUCAGCUCUAGAUGAGGAGAAUACUCAGAAACUCACAGAAUUGAAGGAGAUGCAGCAACAGGAGCUUCUGACUCUCAGACAAGAGCAAUAUUACAGUGAAAAAUACCUCAAACGAGAACACGUCAGACUGCUGCUGGAGAAACUGAUGGCUGUAGCAGAUGAAAGUCACACCAUCCAGCUGAAGAAACUGAAAGAUCUGUGUGAAAAAGAAAAUAAAGAGUUGAAGAGAAAGAUGAAUGAAAGACGGCAAGAGACGCUUCAUGAGAAAUCUCUGCUCACUGCUGAAGAAAAGGUGGAGAUGAGACGAUCUCAUGUGAAUGAAGUAGUUCAGUCCAUCAGACGGCUGGAAGAUGCACAAACCAAAAGACUAGAGCGACUUCAGGAAAGCCAUAAAGAUAUUAAACAACAGAUCCUGGAUGAGAAGCCAAAGCAGGACGACUCACAGGAAGUUGAUGCUUCACAACGAGCUGGAGAAGGAAUAUCAAGACAAGUUUCUGAGACUUCCGAUGGAAAUACAAGAAUUCCUGCAAGAUUCUGCUGCCUAUAAAGGCAAGUCAAGUAAAGACAGUGACUGGAAUUAUCUUCCCAUUCCCAGAAUGACAGAAAACCUGAACCGUGUGUGUGUGCCGGGCGAUUACGCAGAGGAGAAAGGGUUGGACACCUCACUUUGAGUAUGAAGUUUGUAAAUAGAUUUUGUAUUUUUUUAUGCUUUUAGAUUAUCAAGACACUGUUGUGCACCUUUAAAGGGGCUGUAUGUAGGCUUUUGAAUAAUAAUAUACUAUAAAAUAUAUUUAUAGAUAUUUAGGAAACUUUGAAUUUAGGAAUAGGUGUUUUUUAAAGCAAUGUCAGUUUUAAAAUGCGUCUUUUAUGACUGAAUGUGUGUUUUUGUUUUGGUCUGUGUGAUCCCGUCCACUGCCAGUAUACACAACAGUGUAUUGCAAUGAGACCGCAGUAGCCCAUAAAUGUGACCUCCGAUGGAUGCAUCCUCUGAAAUGAGUCACAGAUCCACACAAGCCAGUUUGUCAUUUGCAGACAACAAUGAACAUUGCAAAUGUAAAAAUGAGCAGAUAAACGUACGCUUUCCUGUAUGUGUCUGGAAACCCAAAAGGGGGCAGAUAAAAAAAACCCGUCUCCAAUAUUAGAAUUUAGACGGCAGUAUAUUGAGUUCAGCCGUUAGAAGUCAAUGUUACAGCUCCUUUCAUAUCAUGAAAUAUUGAUUAAAGUCAUACAGUUAAUUUGUGUACUUAAACAGUACUAAACAGCGUUUUUUAAAACUGGACAUUGUUUAGAUCAACUUUAUUACUUAAUGUACCCUUCUUUUAAAUGAAGUGUUAGGACUUAAGAACAGCAUGUUCAGAGUUUUAUUAACUUUUUAAGAUGAAAGACUUGAAAAUAGAGCAGAUUAUGACAGGAAAUUCUUGUUUGUAUUUGGAGCAAAUAGAUGUUGUGAGAUGAUAAUGAUGUGUGUCAAUAUAUGUUUAGAGUCACUAUAAGUAAUCCAUUGGUUGUUUGAAUAGUGCAAAUAGUGUAAGAACGCUGGCAAAACAUUCAUCUGUUCAACUGAACUCCUUGACUCUGUCUUAACCAAUGGCAUGAGUUUGGUGUGGGGCCAUCUGUUUUGACUUGUGUUUGGAACAUCAUUAUUUUUAUAUUUGUCAGUUUGCUGUUUCACAAACUAGACUUUACAGUUUAAAGUUGCACACUGAAAAAUCUGGGUUGUUGUUUUGUUAAUUUCUUAAAUAAGGGCUAUAGAUGCUUUUAGCAGUAACAACAUAAACAAACAGCUUUUGUGGACUAAAAGUAACUUCCGGUAGACUUCCACACAGAAUCAAUAACAACAGAGCUUUUACUGUAGUUUAUUUCUAAUAACAAGGGAAAUAAAAGUCAAUUACCUUUGUUUAUAUAUUUAACGUGUACAGUGAGCUGUUGUUGUGUAAAAUGAAUGUAUACAAUGUUAACUACAGUACAGGUCCUUGAAUUCUUGCCUGGCUGCCAAACCUUUCCAACAAGUUGUUGUUUUAAAUGUACCUUUAAAUGUGUUUACCAAUCAUAGAAGUCGAUUACUAUGUGUGUUUAUGAUGCAUCAUGUAAGAUGUUAAGUAGGGUUGAGAUGGUGUCUUCUCUGUAAUAACCUGGUAUCACGUUACUAAGAUGCUCUGUAACAUGUUUAUCUUGUUUAUCAUUACAACAAACACCACAAAUGCAUCACUGUGUAAACCUGUUGGUCUAAUAUAAGGGAAAGAUUUUAUUUUCUGGCUGUGAUUUUGUUCUUCAGGAAAAUGUGACAUUUUUAAUUCAGUUCAUCAUUUUUUUUUCUGCUUCUUGGACCUGAUGCAGAUGUGUAUGCUGUAAAUAAUCUUAAGAAAAAUACAAAUAAAAUCUGCUUCAAGUUUCAAAAA